AUGGCAGCUCCGUCCCCUUCGUAUAGCUCUGACUCCCCCCCCGAUGCAAGUCAUCACGGCGUCGGCUCGCCCAAUCUUCCCUACGAUCCUCCUCUCACAUUCUCAACCGUCAUCGACCAUGACCACAACAACAUUAACAAGUUUGCCGGUCGCCUUCUCAGAGCCAAAGCGCCUCAGGAUCGUGCCCGUCUCUUACGGGAAGUCACCUGGCGCCUAGUCCGGCACGACGUCUCCGAGGACAUCAUCAUGCGGCCGGCUUUCAUUGAGUACCUUGGCGACGAGGGCGUGCAUAUGGCCGAACACGACCGGACGGACCACGAGAGAGCCCGCUCCGAACUCCUCGCACUGUUUCACGUUUCGCUCGAGGGAGAUGAGUUUCUCGGCGCUCUACGCGCCUUGUUCGCAGAGCUGCUGGAGCACAUGAAAAUCGAGUCCGGGCAGCAGAUCCCGCACUUGGAACACAUGCUGGACCCCGAGGAGAGCCAGAGGCUGGGCAGGGAGUAUUUGAAGACCCAGCGCCUGACGCCGGAGCUGGAAAUUGUCGACAAGGUCAGCGGGGCCAGAAGGAGGGUGUGGAGAGAUGUCGAGGAGUUUGCAAGGACGGAUCUCCAGAGAUUCAAGGAGAUCUGGGAGGAGCUGAAGCUGAGUGAGGAGCCACUCAACAUGGAGGCUGAGGCAUUCCACAGGAGGCUUGAUAGGGGAAAACUAUAA